GAACUGCAUUUUAGGUAGCACUUGAGAGGCGAGGGCCGACCGCUCUUGGGCAAUUUGUGGAUUAGAAAAGUGUUAAGAUUAGCGAUAUCCGAGACUUUUCAUUCAAGCCAGUGUAAUUCAUUGUUCCGACCGGAUUACUGUGUGAAUUUAUUGGUGGAGUGUAAAAAAUAUUAGCGCAGAUAUGAAGCAGCUGGUGACAUCUUUGCUGCUGGCAGCGAUCCUCACCUUCGUUCAGCAGGCAGCCUCAAUUCGAGAAAAUGAUUACUCAGAUGGUGCGUCCGAUUUUCCGAAGCUGCAAAAUAUCGAAACUAUCGUAUCGAUCGGACAAAAAGCGCUAGAAAUAAUGGAAAGGUCCGGCACGAACAGUGAGGAAGGACUGAUGGUGAGAUUGCGCAACUCUCUGGGAAAGCUCAGCGAACUAUCAAAGCAAAUAGAAGAAUCGUACUACGCAUUGAACUACUCCCCCACCGACUCAAGAUUUGAUUUCUGCGUCAACAUUACAUUCAGCAUUGCAAAAGCUGAGAGUAUGUUGUUGGACGUAACCCGAUUAGCAGAGCACAUUGAGGCUACAGUGCAUCGGUUCGGAGAGUCAGCUAAGCAAAAUUGUAACAUGCCUGGUAUUAUUCGCAAAGCUAUUUGUUUCCUUAAUCUUGUGGACAGUUUCAACCCUGAUUAUCAAGCUCACAAGCGAGAGUUGGUGGUAAUUUUAGAGAAAUACGAAGUUAUAGUGGAGGAACUCAAAACGAACAUCCGCAAGUGUUUUUAUGAUGUCUGAUGAUGAAUUUUUCUAUUCUUUAAUUUUUUAUUAUUGAUUCCAAGAAGAUCUAAUUCCUCUAUUCUCCAAUUUUUUAUUCAUCAAUAGUAAGAAAGAAUCAAAACGCUAAAAAGGAGAGAUUGCAAGAGUACUAAAUAAGCUAAUUUUGUCUUAGACAGUUCAUUCAUUCUAACUAGUCUCUUAAAAUCCUUAAGCUACCUCUAGGACAUUAGAAUUAGCGCAAAGCAAUUCUUAAAGCAAGAAUCUAUGAUGCACUCUUGUAAAUAUCUACAAUGUCCCUUUUCGGAUAUGAUCGGGUUCAAAUCAAAGUCUUAAAAUUUGUUGAUUCUUCAACUCGUUUUAAGCAUCUACUCGCAUAGAUCUCUCGUGACUCUCCAAAAAAAAGCUGAAAGUAAAUCACAUUCAAAUGCAAGAGAGGUAGUGGUCGAUGAUCUGUCACAUCAUGGUAACAUCAGAUAUGACUGUUUUUAAGUAGGUCUACUGUGAGGGCAGGUUACCUAUUUUUUCGUGUUAACUGUAGUCAAACCUCAAAAACCCAACCUCUCAACAUACCUCAAUUACCUGCCUACGAAUGAGCUAAUUCAAAAACUGUUCAAUUAUCCAAAAAGUAAAUGCGAUUUCGCAACUACGCCAUGUGCUUUCUUGAUCAUUACAUAAUUUACAUUUCUU